AUGUUCGUCGUUUCAAAGAAAUUGGUAUGUCUUCGUCCGCUAUUCCUUCGUUCGAUUACUACCGAUGUUCUUCGAAUUGGAUCUGUCACUCGUCCAGUGACACCACCAACGGAUAGUAAUCAAUCACUUGUUCCGAUAUUUUACUAUGAAAAAAAUCUUUUUCCACCACCAUUUGUUCGUCAUCUUGAAUGGCUAAUGAAAAAAGAUAAACUUGGACAAGAUGCUUUAUUCGUUGGUCCACCGGGACCAAUUCGUCGUCGUCUUAUUCUUGCUUAUCUUGAAUUAACCGGUAAACCAUAUCAAUAUUUACAAUUAACUCGCGAUACGACAGAUUCAGAUAUAAAACAACGACGAGAAAUUCAAAACAAAACAGCUUUAUUCAUAAACCAAGCAGCUGUCAAUGCUGCUAUUCACGGGCAUACACUCGUUCUCGAUGGUUUAGAAAAAACAGAACGAAAUGUUUUACCCAUAUUAAAUAAUUUAUUGGAAAAUCGUGAAAUGAAUUUAGAUAAUGGACAAUUUUUAGUAUCAACACAACGUUUUGAUGAACUAUUAAAAUCUUAUACGAAGGAACAGCUUGAUCAAUUGAAUUUUAUUCGUGUUCAUGAAGAUUUUCGUGUUAUUGCUUUAACAUUACCACCGUUACCCGAUUAUAAAGGACAUAGUCUUGAUCCACCAUUACGAUCUCGAUUUCAAUUACGUGACAUGGGAAAUGUGCCAUUAAGUUUUACUGAACAUACAAAUCUUCUUCAAUCACUUCAUCCUAAUGUUGAUAGUCAUUUCAUUGAACAAUUACUUUCUUUAGCAUCUUUAAUUAAUUCAACUGAUUUAGAAACUCUUAAAUUAAUUCAUUUUCCGUUCGAUCGUCUUGAUCUUUCAGUUCGUUUAGCUGAAUUAAUUCCAGCGAUAAAUCUUGCUGAUUGUAUUCAUCGUAUUUAUCCCUAUGAAAUUCUUUAUAGGCAAUCAAAAGAAUCCAAACAAGCUAUUCAACAUAUGUUUAAAACAUUAGCUCUACCACAGCAAGAAAAAAAUUCAUCAAAGAAAAUUAUUAAAAUUAAUCGUCAAGAAACUAAAGCUACUGUUGAUUAUGAAAUGAAUGGAAAGCAAUAUCAACUAACGGUACCAGCUCAUGAUAGUAAAUUAGUUAUUAAUUCACCAACAUUUAUUAGUACAUCUUAUCAUGAUCAACUUCUAGCUGAUUUAAUGUUAAGUCAUGCUAUUGGAGAUAUGUGUUUAAUUGGUCCGAAAGGUUGUGGGAAAAGUUUAAUUAUUGAUCAAUUUGCUUCUUUACUCAAUUAUCCAAUUGAAUAUUUUGUACUCUAUAAAGAUUUAUCAGCACGAGAGCUAUUACAACAACGUAUUACCAAUGAAAAUGGCGAUACUCUAUGGCAAAAUACGCCACUCGUACAAGCAGCUAUUCACGGCCGACUACUUGUACUCGAUGGCAUACAUCGUUUAAAUAAUGAUACAUUAGUUUCAUUACAAAGACUUAUUCAAGAUCGUGAACUUUUCUUACCCGACGGAACACGUCUUCUUCGGCAUGAUCGAUAUGAUCAUUUAGAAAAUCCACCAACAAGUAUUCGUAGAAUUCAUCCGUCAUUUCGUAUCGUUGCUCUUGCUGAACCACCUUCAGGAGGCAAUAUUGCACCUAGUGAAGGUUCUUCGGUAAAAUCCUCAAGUGAACAAAACUGGUUGAAUGCUGAAACAUUAAAUUUAUUUUUAUAUCAUCAAAUGCGUUCAUUGAAUUUAAAUGAAGAACGUGAAAUAGUUUAUUCAUAUUUAUCGGCUCCUAAUAAAUCAAUACCAGCUAUUGAACAUCUUCUUCAAUUUGUUCAUGAACUACGAAAUUCAUCUGAAACACAAUUGAAAACUGUAGCACAAUCAUUAUCAACACGAAAUGUUUUACGUGUCGCUAAACAUUUAAAACAAAAUACAUCUAAUUAUCAUCUACAAUUACGCGAUCAAUUAAUUCGACAAACAUCGGCACCAUUUCUUCCACGACUUGUUCAAGAUGCAUUUUAUGAAGCAUUAAAUAAAUCAGGUCUUGAAAAUAAUCAACCGGCUAUAUCGUCCGAUAUCAAUUGGAAACAAUCAGUUAUGAAUCCGAAUGAUUCCUCGAACAGUUCGUUUGAACAUGCAGCAAAAGUUCCUUUUACAGUUUUCUAUGAAAAUCCAAUACAUAGUGAAAUUAUUCAACAAAUGCAUGAAUCGUUUUUGUUAGGUGAACAUUUAUUAUUAAUUGGACCGCAAGGAGUAGCAAAAAAUCGUAUUGUUGAUCAUUAUCUUCAAACAUUAAAAUUGCCUCGUGAAUAUAUUCAACUACAUCGCGACACAACUGUACAAAGUCUGACGAUUCAAGCAAAUAUUAUCAAUGGUCGUAUUGUCUAUGAAGAUAGUCCAUUGAUAAAAGCAAUAAAAGAAGGUUCAGUUGCAGUUAUCGAUGAAGCAGAUAAAGCUCCAACGAAUGUAACAGGAAUAUUAAAAUCUUUGAUUGAAAGUGGCUCCAUGUUUCUCAGCGACGGACGGCAUGUUUAUCCGAAAGAAACAGGAGCUAUUACAACAAUACCAUCGAAUAUGAUUAUUCGUACUCAUCCAAAUUUUCGAAUGAUUGUUCUAGCGAAUAGACCUGGUUUUCCAUUUCUUGGAAAUGACUUAGGUGAUCAUUUUUCAACAUUUCCAAUUUUGAAUCCACCUCGUGAAAGUGAAAUUAUUCUCUUACAAAAUUUUGGUCCUAAUAUUGAACGUAAAAAACUCGAACAAUUAGUCGAUGUAUUUACACAAUUACGUCAAUUAUCUAUCGAUGGUAUCAUUUCAUAUCCUUAUAGUUUACGUGAACUUGUUUCAAUCGUCAAACAUUUAAAUAUGUUUCCAAAUGAUUCAUUAGCUGAUGUUGUCUGUAAUGUAUUUGAUUUAGAUAAUUAUAAUACAGAUGUUAUUGAUCGUAUACAGUCAAUUCUUCAUCGGCAUGGAAUUCCAUUUCAUAUAGAAAAACGAACAGUAAAUUUAGCUAAAAGUUACCCAUUAAAACUUGUUUCCAAUCAAGAAACAUGGCAAACUACGGCGAUCGAUGGUGCAAAUCUUGAACAUUCAUCAUCGAUUAUAUUAAGUGAACAGCCGAAUAAACCAUCGAUAAAAACAAUUCACUCAAUCAAUCGAAAUGAUUCAAGAACUCGAAAUUUUACUGAAAUGAUUUAUAAAUAUCGAUUACCAUUGGAUGAAACAACUUAUGUACAUGAUCUUAAGGUUCUAAAUGCAAAUAAAUCUGUACUGGUAUUAACAGGUAAUCCACUGGCAUUGUGGAUAUUUAAAUUAGGUGAAAAUCAAGCGAAAAAAAUUGAUUUACACCCUAUAUUUACUAAGCAUUCAAAUCGUUUUACUACACCAAAUUAUCAGUUACAUCUAAUUCCGGGAAAUGACAAACAAGUGAUUGUAGGUGAGAUAACAAAUCAAGUAUGGUCAUUGAUGAAUCUAGAGGAUGGCCAAACUUCGAUUGUUCAAUCUUGUAUUUCAUCAUCGACUCCAUUAACAGAAACCAUAAGUCGGAAAUUUAAUGAACUUCUUUCACAACGAACGACUGUUCCAUCAAGAUCAGUAUACAACUCGAUGAAUGGUCAACUCCUUCAAUAUAAUUUUAAUUCACAUGCGAUUCAUAUAGUUGAUUUUAUGAAAAAUCUAUCUCACCAAAUAAAACUUCCAUUUUUAAUGCGACAUGCGUUUCCGUUGGGUGACCAAUUCGUUCUUACUGAUCAUGUUCAACAAGCUUCAUCUUCGUAUCUUUUUAAUGCAAAUAGUGAACAAAAACCAACGAUAUCAAAGAUUCAACAUCACAUUGAUGCGAUUGGUUUAGCUAGUAGUGGCGGAUAUUUGAAUGACAAUUCAUUGUGGUUUUCAAGUUCACAUGAUUAUUUAGCAAAGAUUAUUUCAAAUACAAGUAAUAAUCUUAUUGUUGAAAGGUUUCGACGAACAAAAUUAAUAUCGCCGGGUGAUGUGCCAGCACAGGAAAUGUAUGAAAAACGACGUUUACAAACAUUUAUUAAUAAGCAACAUUCAUUAAUUGCUUCAUUAUAUGCAAAAGCUGAAAUUGAUAAAAAAUUUGCAGCGAAAACGGAUAUUCCUGAUGCAUCGAUUCUUACUUUUAUUGAAUUAGUUGAUUUAAAUCAUAAUUUAGUAACUUAUAUUCCAAUUCAACGUUUUCAAGAACAAAAUGCACGUUCAUCAACAUCUCAACAUGAAUGGCAUAUGUUGAUUAAAUCUGGCUCAGGUGUUAUUGCUGAACAAUUUAACGAUGGUUCGUUAGUAACGAUCGAUUCUCGUGCUAAUAUUCAUCACUGGGAAAUCGUACCAAGUAAUUUACAAAUUUCAUUAGAUGCUUGGAGCAAAAAUACGAAUCAGUCAGGACAACACAGCCUGGAUAUUGAAUAUAUGAAAGGUGGAAAAACUGAUUUAAGUGGACCUAAACAUGGAAAAGUAGAUCCAGAAAAUAAUCCACAUGUAGGUGGAAAUCAAUGGGCUGGUGGAAGUGGUGGUCGAGAUACUGCUGGACUGGGUGGUAUUGGAGGACCGUAUCGUUUAGACAGCGGUAAUCAAGUUUAUCAAGUUUCUGAUGAUGUCAAAGCAGCAGUACCUGAACAUAUACGAAAAGCAGCAAGAGAAUUAGGUCAAAAAGUUUUCAAAGAACGUUUGAAAGAAAUUGAAAUGUCUGAAUAUGAACAUGAAGUUUAUGAAAAAUAUCUGAAUAAAAUUUCAAGUGAAAUCAAAAUGCUUCGAUCAAUUAUUGAAUCAUUAGAAGCCAAAUCGCAUGAUCGUCAAUGGGUGCGUCAUCGCACAACGGGCGAUUGGGAUGAACGAAAAUUAAUUGAAGGUAUUAUUGGCGAAAAAUCUAUCUAUAAAUAUCGUGCUGAUGUUCCACCUGAGCCUGGCAGUCCACAGACAAAAGCUAAACGUCUUCGUUUAGUUGUCGAUUUAUCUGCAUCGAUGUAUCGUUUUAAUGGUGUUGAUAACCGGUUAGAACGUCAAUGUGAAUGUGUAUUGAUGUUUCUUGAAUCGUUGGCUGGUUUUGAACAUAAAUUUACUUACGAUAUUGUUGGUCAUUCAGGUGACGAACAUUCAAUUGAACUUGUAAGAAAAAAUCAACCACCAAAAAAUAAUAAAGAACGCUUGAAACUAUUAAAACUGAUGUAUACACAUACGAUGUUUUGCAAUUCGGGUGAUAAUACAUUUGCAGCUUUAAAAUCGGCCAUUGAUGCUUUACAAGCAGAACCAGAUGAUACAGUCGAUGAACGUUUUGUUAUUGUUAUAUCAGAUGCAAACUUCGAUCGAUACGGUUUAUCACCGCAAGUCUUUGGGAAAAUGUUACAAUCCAAUGAGAAUGUUCAAUGUUUUGCCAUGUUUAUUGGAUCACUAGGACAACAAGCAACACAUUUACAACAGAAUUUACCAUCUGGAAAAGGUUUUGUUUGCCUUGAAACUACUCAAAUACCAAAAGUAUUAAAGACUAUUUUUACUUCUGAUGUUUUACAUUGA